UGGCAAAAUUUCGCAAUAUCAGUCAGGUUUAAUUUUUUUUCUUUUAUUUUUUUUUGUAUUGAAUUUUGCACUUAAAUGGAAUGGAUUGAAAUAAAAAUAGAGGAAUUUAAGAAAAAUAGUUAAGAAAUCAAACAAAAUGGCUACUAGCAUUGUGCAGUACUUUGGCGAGCAGGAGAGCAAAUGCGGCUACUGCACGGGGACUAACUGUAGCAAAUCUCACGGUAUGCAUGCUUAUCGCUUGGAUUGUCAAGAUUAUCAAGAUCUUAUUGAUCGUGGAUGGCGCCGAUGCGGAAACUACUGCUAUAAGCCGAUAAAUGAUGCAACCUGUUGCCCCUGCUACACCAUCAAAUGCGAUGCCUUGGAGUUCAAACUGACCAAGUCCAAUAAGCGUACAUUACGCCGCAUUAACAAAUUCUUACGUGAUGGCAAGCGAGAGUCAAAGGAACAAGAUGAUGACCUUGACCCAUCGGCCUCGGCAAAUGCAACCUGUGAUGAGGGAAGUAACGUCAAUAUCAGCGAACCACAACCUCAGCUGCCCGAUCGAAAGCCCACUGCCAUAGAUGUUGAGCAGGUGGCCACCAAUUUGGCUCAAGAGAAGAAGAAUGUCCAAGAAAAACCUUCUGGCGAAGAACUAAAGAAGGCAGAACGAGCCAUCAUCGGUGGAUCAUCAGUGGCAUCUACAAAAUGUGAGUCAUUAUAUUUUCGACUUCCUUUGUUAACUCUAAAUUUUCUCUUAGCUGGUGGUAUUGGCUCGAAUCCGCCCCGUAAAAAGGCCAAACAAAUGCGUCUGGAGCGAAGGCAAGCCAAAUUGGGAUCAAAUGCAGAACGUCUAGAGAAACCCAAAUCUGCUACAGCCGAGAAAAGUUUGCGCGACUUUUUGAAUACUCCCAGAGACACGGAUAAACAUAAACUAAAGAUAGUUUUGGUCGAUUCGUCAGACACACAGCGCACUUGUUCGGAUGAAGUGCAUAUGUUAUACCGCAAAUAUCAAAUAGCCAUUCAUAAUGAUAAUCCCGCACGACUUACACUAGCUAGUAUGCAGCGCUUUUUGGUUAAUUCCCCCCUCAAGCACGAACAACCAUCAGAUGGUCCAGAUAAAGGCUAUGGCUCAUUUCAUCAACAAUAUUGGCUAGAUAAUAAACUAAUUGCUGUUGGCGUAAUCGAUAUAUUACCAAGUUCAGUUAGCUCUGUGUACUUUUUCUAUGAUCCUGACUAUAGUUUUUUGUCACUGGGAACGUAUGGAUCUUUGAGAGAAAUUGACUUGGUACAAUCAUUUGCUGCCCAGGUGCCAGAAUUAAAGUAUUAUUAUAUGGGAUUUUAUAUACACUCCUGUCCCAAAAUGCGUUACAAGGGCAAACUAUCGGCCUCGUAUUUGCUUUGCCCCGAGACCUAUACCUGGCUAGAGCUAACUAAUGAUAUGUGUGCGAAACUAGAUGAAACCAAGUAUCAACGUUUGUGUCCAGAUCCCGAUGUCAAAGAUGUUGAUGAGUUUUUGGAAGAUGAACAUUUGAAUAAUGUUAUGUUGCUGCGUGAUGCCAAAUCUUUUACGACCUAUGGUCGUCUUGUGCAGCUCUGUGGAUUUGAUAGUGAACGCGAUGUGAUUAUUGAAUACAGCAAAUUGGUGGGCAAAACCUGUGCCCUACGCAUGAUUUACGUAAAGUGAUAUAUAAAUCAUAUAAAAAAAAAAUGUUAUGAUAAUAAUAACACCUCUUUGAAAUUGUUUUUUUUUUAAAUUGUAAUAAUAAUUGGUUUUUAUUUUUCUCCCAUUUGUUAAGCUUAGCUAAAACAGUUUUUAAACAUGAAAAUACAGCUUUAUAAAAUAUAAUACUCAGUAAAAAUUGAUAAA